AUGAUUAUAUUUAAAUAUUUUGUAAAAAUAUAUUUAAAAAAAGGAAAUAUAAAUAAAAGUAUUAAAUUAUUAAUAUAUAUAUUAUAUUUAUUAAAAAAAAUAACUAAAAAAUCUGGUAUAUUUAUUUUUAAUAAAGCUAUAAAAAAUUUAUUAUUACCAUUUUCUUUUUUAAAAAUAAAAAUAAAUACUAUUAAAUAUUAUAUACCUAUUAUAAUAUCAUAUGAACAAUCUAUAUUUAAUGUAUAUAAAUUAUUUAUUAAAAUUAUAAAGAAUAAAAAUAUUAUGUUAUAUAAAAUUAUUUGUAAAUAUAUAAUUUUAAGUUAUAAUAAAGAAGGUGAUUUAUAUAAAAUGAAAUUAAAUUUAAUAAAACAAUUUAUAUCUAAUAGAGUAUAUAUAUAUUUAUUAAAUAAAUCUAAAAUUAUUUAA